CGGAAAUGGGAGAGCAUAAUCUUCUUAAUCCUGGGUUUGUGGGACCUCUGGUUAACAUUCACACCGGAGACACUUUCUACUUCCCUAAUUUCAGGACAUCUGGAGGGCAGUUACCUGGAUUGCCUUCACUGUCUUACCCAAGGAGGGACAAUGUGUGCUCUCUGCCCUGGCCAUCCACAGAGCCAUGCAAUGGAUACCCCCAGCCCUACCUCAGCAGCCCGGUUUCCAUUAACCCUUCUUUCGGCAGAGCUUGUGAUCUUGCCCGUAUGGAGGAAACAAAAUGUUACUAUAGGGAGUCCUGCCCUGAAACCCCCAGCCUGAAAAGAGAGGACAGAUUGAGGGACAAUGUCUUGAUGUCUCUGGACAGUGGGGUCCCCGGUGGGAUGAGCAGCAGCUUCCACAAAUACGACUACACGGCUACUGACACGGUGCCCCACGAUCCCCCUUCCUGUCAGUCCUUGGAGUCUGACUCCAGCUCGUCUGUUACCAAUGAAGGCACCAAAAAUCCCACCAACGAAGGGGGUACAAUAGACUCCCCUACGAGCCAAGGGAGCAACCUUCCUGCCACUGGGGCUCCUUGGUACCCAAUGCACACUAGGUCCCGAAAGAAGAGAAAACCCUAUUCCAAGCUCCAGCUGGCUGAACUAGAAGGGGAGUUUAUGGUCAAUGAAUUUAUAACCAGGCAACGAAGGAGAGAACUAUCCGACCGGCUGAGCCUCAGUGACCAACAAGUCAAGAUCUGGUUCCAGAACCGCCGAAUGAAGAAGAAGAGACUUCUAAUGAGGGAGCAAGCUCUGUCAUUCUUUUAACAUGUCUGGGGCUCAGUGAUAACAUUCACCCCAAGCUUCCCGAAAACUCUACCAUG